AAAUAUGUUGUCUCAUUAUGAGACAUGAUGAGACACUGCACAGAUAUUACCACAGACACUGUCCCACUUAUCUCUCUCUCACACACACACACACACACACACACAACCAGCAGUGGGUGAGGUCUGGGCGUGACUGCCUCCACCAGGAAUGCAGUAGUGUGUGUUUUGAAUACUGUACAAUCUCGCCCAGGCAGAUCUGGCAGUUUCUCUGUUCAUUCCAUCUGACGGACAGACAGAGAGACUCUGAUCAGCUCACAUGAGCACACUGACGGGGUCAAAGGAGGAGGACGAACACAAGAGACAAGAGCAGGUGUUGUCUGGAUAGAUGAAACGACUGAAAGAGGAUUUGUAUUAUUUUGGACACCUGCAGGGUUUCUGACUAACUUUUGAGGAACCGGCACUCUGUGACGUCUAUGUUUGGUGGAUUUUGUGUUUACACACUUUCUAAUUUAACAAACUUUUUUUUUUUGAUUAAGGUCUGUUUGUAAAUUCAACUCUAGUUCUCCUCCAGCUCUACUGAAAGGCCCACAGGUGGAUCUACAUUUCAGAUUUGUACCUCUGUUUAUUUUUGGUUAAAAUCCGCGUCUUUGGAGUCGAAGCUUCACUUCAGCAUCGCCGUCUGACUUUCAUUCUAUUUCUCUGGAUUAUGUAGAGCAUGUCAAAUAAUUUCUCAGAAGAAAUUCAGUGUGUUCUUCAGCGAGAACCAGGUGUUUCAACGUUGGAAUGACAUUGGAGCUGGGCUGAAGGCAGAGUGAAUGAUCUCCGCCACAGAUGUUCAUCUGACGCCUGAGCGCUGCUACACACACUGCUGGAGCUCAACAUGGCAUCUCAGCACAUCGCAUAGGAGAGGAUCAGAGAGUCAGCACUUCUGGUGAAGUCCCCGCUGUAACAUGGUGUCCCGGGUGAAGCAGCCCGAGGGGCGUGGCCUGUCCUCUCUGUUUUCUUGCUGCUUCAAAGGAAGCGACCAACCAGAGAUCACCCACUGCCACGACAACACCAAAACCAUGGCUGUGCUGGAGCCCAACCUGCCCAUGCCCCCCCUUCAAGACCUGGACUCCAUGUUCACUGAGCUGGUGGAUGAACUGGACCUUACAGAGGAGCACAGAGCUGCCAUGUUUUCUUUGCCAGCAGAGAAGAAAUGGCAGCUCUACUGCAGUAAGAAAUUGGAGGCAGCGGAGAAUAAAGGAGCAACCAGAUGGCCAGAGUAUUAUAUUGAUCAGCUCAGGUCCAUGGCUGCUAGGAAGACUCUGCUGGGACCAGAGGAUGAGGAAGAGCAGGGAAGACAUAAAAUCGUAGAUGGUCUAAAGACAGCACUGAGGACACAGCCAAUGAGGUUUGUGACUCGUUUCAUUGACUUGGAUGGCCUGUCUUGCAUCCUGAAUUUCCUCCAGUCAAUGGACUAUGAGACCACCAACUCUCAGGUCCACACCUCUCUGAUUGGCUGCAUCAAAGCUCUGAUGAACAACUCGCAAGGCAGAGCUCAUGUGCUGGGUCACUGUGAGAGCAUUAAUAUCAUCGCCCAAAGUCUCACUACCGAGAGCAUCAAAACCAAGGUUGCAGUGUUAGAGAUCCUCGGCGCGGUGUGUUUGGUGCCAGGGGGCCACAAGAAAGUACUAGAAGCCAUGCUGCACUACCAGAAAUUUGCUUCGGAGAGAACUCGCUUUCAGACCCUGCUGACAGACUUGGAUAGAUCCACAGGCCGCUACAGAGAUGAAGUGAACCUGAAGACUGCCAUCAUGUCCUUCAUCAAUGCCGUGCUCAGCCAGGGAGCAGGAGAGACCAGCCUGGAGUUCCGCAUCCAUUUGCGUUAUGAGUUUCUGAUGUUGGGCAUUCAGCCGGUCAUUGACAAACUGCGCUCCAAUGACAACGCCACCCUGAACAGACAUCUGCACUUCUUUCAGAUGUUGAGGAAUGAAGAUGAGCUUCAUAUGUCCAAACGGUUUGAUGCUGUCCAUAUAGAAACUAAAAGUGGCAGCCAGAUGUUUGAGCUGAUCAAGAAGAGUCUGAACCACACUGAAGCUUACCCUCACCUCCUGUCUGCACUGCAUCACUGUCUCAUGAUGCCAUUUAAGCAGAGCAGUACCACUCUUCAUUACUGGGUGUUGUUGGAUCGGAUAGUUCAGCAGCUGGUUCUGCAGACGGACAAAGGGGAGGACCCCGAUGUCGCUCCACUAGAGGACUUCAACGUCAAAAAUAUUGUACGCAUGCUUGUCAAGGAGAGCGAGGUCAAAGAAUGGAAAGAACAAGCUGACAAAACGAGGAAAGAGCAUCACAACUUGCAGCAGCGUUUUGAAAAGAAAGAGAGGGAGUGCGAGGCCAAGAACGAGGAGAAAGAGGACAUGAUGGCGAUGCUGAACAAGCUGAAAGACAAGUUGGAGCGAGAGAGCACCGACCACAAGCAAGCUCGGCUGCAAGUGGGAGAACUGUCUGCUCGGCUGCAGCAGCUCAGCUCUACGUCCAGUGUUCCAGGAGGACCUCCUGUGUCUUCCGGCGGUUUAGUCCCUCCCGGUCCCGUCCCGGCCAGUCCUUUUUCUUCUCCUCCUCCUCCUCCACCACCUCCUCCUCCAGGAGGCCUGCCAAGUUUUGGCAUGGCUCCAUUCGCCCCGCCUCCUCCACCCGGAGCUCCACUGGGAGCUGUCCAGAAGAAGAAGAAUAUUCCUCAGCCAUCCAACCCUCUGAAGUCAUUCAACUGGAGCAAACUGCCUGAGAACAAGACAGAAGGAACCAUAUGGAAAGAGAUCGAUGACAUCAAGGUGUUUAAUGUUCUGGAUCUAGAGGAGCUGCAGAGGACCUUCUCAGCUUACCAGAAACCACAGCAGAAGGAUGCUGAGGAUGAGCAGGCUGUUGUGAAGAAAGUCAAGGAGCUGUCAGUGAUCGAUGGUCGCCGAGCACAGAACUGUAACAUUCUGCUCUCACGUCUGAGGCUGACCAAUGAGGAGAUCCGCCGUGCCGUCCUGACCAUGGACGAACAGGAGGACUUACCUAGAGACAUGCUGGAGCAGCUUCUGAAGUUUGUUCCUGAGAAGAGCGACAUGGAGCUGUUGGGAGAACACAAGCACGAGCUGGAACGUAUGGCCAAAGCAGACCGCUUCCUGUAUGACAUGAGCAGCAUCAACCACUAUCAACAGAGACUCCACUCUCUCUACUUCAAGAAGAAGUUUGCUGAAAGAGUGGCCGACAUCAAACCUAAAAUCAAAGCUCUGAGUCUGGCGUCCAGGGAGGUGGUACAGAGCGGGACGCUGCGGCAGCUCCUGGAGGUGGUCCUGGCCUUCGGGAACUACAUGAACAAAGGACAACGGGGGAACGCCUACGGAUUUAAAGUGUCCAGCCUCAACAAGAUAGCUGACACCAAGUCCAGCAUUGACAAAAACGUCACUCUGCUCCACUACAUGAUCACUGUACUGGAAAAGAAGUACCCGAAGGUGGCAGCUUUCAGUGAAGAGCUGCAAAAUGUGCCAGAGGCUGCCAAAGUCAAUAUGACAGAGUUGGAGAAGGACAUCGGCAGUCUGAGAUCUGGCCUAAAGAGUGUUGAGGCGGAGCUGCAGUACCAGCGGGGUCAGUCCCCUCAGGGUCCUGUGGAUAAGUUUGUCCCCGUGGUCAGUCAGUUCGUCACCGUGGCCUCCUUCAGCUUCUCGGAGGUGGAGGAGUCGCUCAGCGAGGCCAAAGAAGUGUUUGUAAAGGCACUGAGACACUUUGGAGAAGACUCGUCCAACCUGCAGCCAGAUACCUUCUUUGGGAUCUUCGACACUUUCCUCGCAGCUUUCUCAGAGGCCGAACAGGACAACGAAAGGAUGGCCCGACGCAAGGAAGAGGAGGAGAAGAGGACACUCAUGGAGACACAGCUGAAGAGAGACAGGGAGCAGAAGGCGAAGAAGGCCAAAGCAAACGAGGAAGAGGGGGGCGGUGAGUUUGAUGACUUGGUGUCCGCUCUGCGCUCCGGAGAGGUGUUCGAAAUGGACAUGUCCAAAAUGAACCGUAGAAAACAGCGGAGACAUAACUUGUUUGACGGCGGCCGGGAGAGACCCGUGACAGAACUGAACCAGCAGGAGGACUCGGUGUGACCUCUGAAUGUAUGGUGUCGCUGCCGACAACAGCAGACACUUAAGCUGUCUGAAACUACAAUUACACUCUGUGACGAUGUAUCUGAUGUCCAGUAAUGAAUGUAUCUGAAUGUAUGGACCUGAAGCAAAAAGUAACAAAAAGACACAUGUUCUCAGAUCGAAUAUGUGAGUCAUUAUAGUACGAUAAUUAUAUCCUUGUAUAUUUGCUCAAGUUUGCACAACUCUGGUUUGUGAAUUCCAUUAGAAUUGUUAACUUAAGAAAAUCCGUCAGUUCAUCCUCUAAAACAUUCACUGAUCAAUGUAAUAUUCAUACUAAAUUUUGAAAAUGGAUGAUUUAGUAACUGUCAACAAUAAAGUUCUGACAGUUUCCUUUCUGUAAAGUGUUACUCCGUCCAUUUUUUUUAAUGCCAGUUUGUAAAUAUCUACAAUUAUAUCAUGUAAUAGUUGCAUUUAUAAAGUUGAUGUAUUCAUUGUUAAUAUUUACAAUUAAUUCGAACAAAACUAUUUUGGGUGGAUUGCAUUCCUUUAAAAUGGAUAAUGAUGAUUGUUCUUCUCUGACCAAGGAUCAGUAUUAUCACUUGAUACGGGUAGAUAUACAAUAGUAAAUGUAAUAUGGGUGAAAUGAUGAAGUGUUUAUAUUAGAAGAAUUAGAGGAAUUAGGACAGGUGAUGGAUGGGUAAAGCAAACACAGGAGACCACUGUUGGUGUGCAACCAAAAGUAAAUGUUGAGUUUUUGCUUGUUAUGUAAUGUUGUAACGUUACGUAAGGAAGUCCACUUAAGGCAGUUGUUAUCUGUUUACGCUUCUUAGCUUUUUACGAUACGAUGUGCGGGUACGUUGUUGUGUCAUUGCGUUACGAUUUGAACACAAACCAUGCUCUUUUUUCAAACCUUAGCCAAGUAGUUUUGUUGGCUAAAUCUAUAGAAUUGUUUCCCAAUUGUUUAACCAUGUCUGCAAGCAUGAUACGAGGCUGAUAUGAAACGUAUUUAUGAAACGUGUUCAGAAAGCGAAUAAGCAAUAACUGGCCAGCGUGUUGGGUCAUAAUCCACUGGGACAGGGGAAGACUGAAGGACCAUGAUAGCGAUCAACCUUCAUUUAUUAAGGUGUUGCAAAGUUUUUUUUAACAAGAAAUGCAUGCAUAUAUGUCAAAUUAAAAUUCAAACAAUUGCAAUCAAUUGCAUUGA